AUGUGGUCCAAGGGAGACGGAGGACUGGUGAAGCUUUAUCCCCAGUACGCCUACUGGGAUGUCGCUCCAAAUAGUGCGGAGAUGCUUCUCGUAGCUGGCGCCAUGGUUAUCUUUGCGGGUUUGACGUGGCUGAUGACGGGUAGCCCGUUCGGUUUGGUCUUCUCUGGGAAGCUCGCGUGCGCCAUCCUUGUGGCGAACAUCGUGCACGACGUGUACCGGCAUCUCUUCCGAGAUGCUGAGAGGACGAAAGCCAUGAAGACCACCGUCUCUGGCAUACCGUGGGUAGCCGCAGUCCUGGAGAGCUCUCUUAUACGGAUGGCUAGCGAAGGCGGAAGGGUCAUUGGAAUCUUGGAACGAGGUGAAGCGUAUGUCCUUGGGAAGCGCUUCGAUUGGUUCACGGGUAGAGCUGGGAAAGCACCUCAGAUGGAGGAAAGGAAGAAUACAUUGCAAAGAUUUAGCAUGGUCAUGGUCCUCAUGGCGAUAGCGACGCUCUACUAA